UAAUUUAAAUGUUGUAUGUGUGUAUAUAUAUGUGUAUACAUAUAUAACUGUUUCUUUUUACUUUUUCUCUCUUUUACUGUAGGGCAAAUUAAGCCUGAAAGAAGGUUUGUAGAAGCAGUAAAUCGGCAAGCAUAUCAGUAUGAGAUGGGUGACUUUCCAACAGAAUGGGAAGCUUGGAUAAGAAAAAAAAGAAAGGAUCCACCCACCAUUGAGGAGAUUCUUAAGAAUGAGAUGUACAGACAACUAAUGAAACAGAAAGUAAAAGAUGUGUAUGAAAAGGAUAAGCUCCUUCAGACCAAGGAAUAUAAGGAGGGACUUGUUGCUGAACCAGUUCAUACUCAGGUUAAAGGCCACGCGUCAGCUCCCUACUAUGGAAAGAAAGAGCCAUCCCAAGACCCAACAAGCACUGCAAGUACCUUUCAGCCGGGUUCCUGGAUGCCACCAGGAAGUGACAGUAGUAAAAAGAACCAGCUUUGAUGUACAGAAAUUGCCAAUGGAUAAAUGCUUUAAUAGGCAACAUAAUCAGCUGUUAUAUAUAGUGGGCGUGCAAUAAAGUAGUAUUAAAUCCAAGUUUUGUUUAUUUUUGCACAAUUAUUCAGAGAAUUGUUCAGUAUGCACAAUUGUGCCAUACUACUGCAAAACAUUUGAAUUCAGUGGAAAACAGGAUGGGUUACUGAGGAAGUUCAUUCUUAAGUGUUUCUUUUCCUGUUAUUCAUUAAAUCACUGAAGCUAACUUUUCUAGUUAAUUUUCUCAAAUGACUUUAAAUUGCUUUUUUCUUGAA